AUGGAAACCAUGCACGAGCUGAUCCCCUUCGCCAGAGAAAUGCUCAGCCAGAAGCCCAACAGGAAGAUGGUGAAGCUGUACAUGCUGGGCAGCGUGCUGGCCUUCUUCGGGGUGCUCAUCGGGCUGGUGGAGACGGUGUGCAGCCCUUUCACCUCUGAAGGGAGGCCAGAGGAGGAGGAGGAGGAGAAGAAACCUGCCCUGACGCGAGAGCAAACGCUUCCUCAGAAGCAGGAGGAUUUGAUCCUGGAACAGAGCAAGAAGCCGGCGGCGACGCAGAGGGCCCUGGUGACCAGGCAACACGCGUCCUGA